CACAGUUGUAUUCCGACUUUCCUGGCCGCAACAGCCGCGUGUUUACAUCAACAACGGGUUUAUUGUUGAAGGCCGAGUCAGUAUCUGUACCUUACAGUGGACGAAAUUUUAUAAAAACCUAAUCCAGUUAUUGAUAUUAAGUUUAACUAAAAAUUUUUAAUUAUUAAAAAUAAUUCAUCUCAUAUUCUUAUACUUUUUUUUUAUUUGCCUUUUAUAUAUUUAUUUAUUUAAGUCAAUAACCUUCUGGUGUGUUGUGUAUUUUGUGCAUGCCGUGUUAAUAAUUAAUAAAGUUAUCUUACAUUUAUUUUUUUACUUUCAUUUCUUUGAAAUUGGCAAACGUAAUCGCGUGCGUGACUCGGACCGUAAACUAACAAGUGAUUUUAAAAAAUAUAAAUUAAGAUGCAGUAUGAAUGGAACGACAGAAACGUAUAACGUGAGAUCAAUUUGCAUUAUUCUCACAAUAAGGAAGCCAACCGUUUAAUUGUCACGUCACUUAUUAUUAACAAUUAUUUUAACACAAAUACUGAACUAUCGAAUGGUGUGUGUUCAACACCAGCUGACUAAUUGAGCAUACCGAGCAGUCAAAGUGAUUUAUAGAUACAAUAAUAAUAAUAAUAAUAACGAUAAAAAAAAAUAAAGCAAGUAAAAGAACAAGUUUAUUUAAUUCGCAAUGAAAUUGUCAUUUCUGGUGAUUAUGGUAUGCAGUGGCUGCUGUAUGUCUUUACCAUCAACAAUAAUUCCGACUUCCACCCGGAAUUCUUCAAACUUGAGCAAGAAAACAACGUCUGUUGUAAAUAUCACAGCUUCUCCGUUAGCAACGCGUGUUAAAGCUUCAGAAAAUGCCAUUACCACGGACUCUAUAAGCACCAGUAGCACCAGCAUAUCUGGAAUCACUGGUGCCAGUACCAGCAAUAGUAAUAGCAAUAGCAAUAGUAAUAAUAAUAAUAAUAACUACAGCAAUAACAACAGCAGUAGCAGUAAUAGUGCCGGUACGAGUACAAUUGCUUAUAAGAAAAUUCAACUUGAACAAGUUGAAGUUACUUCACCCAGCCCGUUAUCAUCAAAAGAGACUCGUGAGUCACCGCCCAGCAAAAUUCGACCGCAGAUAAAACUUCAUAUAAAUUACACCAGCGUCGGCGAGACUGGAGUACGAUUGCCAGAAGGUGCAAGCGCUGCACUCGCCAAGCCAACAAAAUAUCACUAUUAUCCACAUAAUCAGCAUAUUUAUUUAUUACCAGAAUGUGCUGUUCAACAAGUGUGUAAUGCAGUUUAUGUUAGAUUGAAUUUUACUCAGCCAUUAUGUGCUUGUCCGAGCAGAUAUCGCGAUCCUUGUAGUGCAUCGCUCGAUGCCGAUGAUCACCAUACUACGGAACUGGUUACUGAUCCACAUACCAGAGCAUUGACAUUAGUUAAGACAUGUGAACCAGUUGCUGAAAUGCGAGAAUGUAGAAUGCCAAGAGACUGGUCAUUACUUGCAUUACAAAAUGUAAGAACUGGAAAAUCGCAUUACCUAGUUAUCUGUAAAUGCCCAGAAACAAAUAUCCUAGAGGGUCCUAUGAGUCACGAUCAGCCUACAUACGCUAGUGUUCCGGGUAUACGGGUCUUCGGAAUGAUGUGCGUCCAAGGAGCCAGAAAAGGACGCCCGUUAAGACAGACACGUAAUCUUCUUGGCAUAGAAACGGGGGAAGAUUAUUUUGAAAAUGAUAAAUUGACAUUCCCAUGGCAUAGAGUACCGGAAUUAAUGAAAUCUGCAGACUGGAAUUGACAAUCGUGAUUUUAAUAUAAAAAAAAAACGUAUACCAAUUUA